AAUCGAGUCACAUAUUGUAUACGAACAAUAAGAUUUUCAUCACAAAUAUCUUCAAAUUGCAGAUCACCUCAAAAGAAGACUCGGCAUAUUUCUACUGUUCUUGAUUAUCUCUCACCUCAGUGCUAUAAUGAAGGCUGCUCUGUUGCUCUUGUCGUACAGGAUACCAAAUUUCUAGUAUGUAAGCAUCAGCUUUCACAUGCUAGUGAAUAUUUUCGUUUAUUAUUCUUGGCCAAUAAUUCACAUCAAAAUUCAUUGAACGAAUUUGCGAUUGUCGUUUCAUCAUUUAAACAUCCACCUCCAUCAACGCAGUUUAAAUGGUUUUUAGAAUGUUCCAUUCAAGCACCGAUUGUCAAGGAUAUUGGUGAUGAUACUUUGGAAACUUGUAUGAGACUAUCGAAACGGUUCCAAGCCAAAGGACUCGAAAUGGCUUGUGGGCGAUACAUUCGAGAAAAUGUUAAUCGCAAAUCACCAAUGGUUGCCCUUUGCUGGUUGAACUGGAUUCUUAAACACAAAUUCGAUAAAGCCACCCAUGACGCUUGUUUGCCUUGUGUAGCGACAGCUUCCUUGACUUGUUUGGAACAGCAUAGAAAUAUGAUUACCGAAAAGUUAUUGGCUGAUCUACUUGCUGCUAAAUUAAGGACAUUAUAUAGUCAGACUGUCAAUGUUUUUCAAACGAUUCAUAAAAUGGAUCAUUUUUUUGUCGAUAUAGAUCGCUGCCCACGCUGUGGACGACAAAGGGAUCAAGGAAGAGUACGAGUCCAAGUUAUACCAUGCAGAAAAAUGCUUGGAUGUGAACGAUGUUUGAGAGAUUGUGGUUGUGAGAUAAUUGAUCAAACUCGCGAUUAUCAAGCUUUUUAUCAAUGUAAUCACGGUCUCAAUCCUCUCAAUGAUCAAACCAAUGAUUGCUAUUGUCAAAUCCCUUUGCUUGCCUCAAAUAUCAGUAAAAUUCAUGUUCCACAUCUAUCGAAUGGAAAACUCGAUUAUUAA